GUGUCGACGCGUUGGUACAUCCGCCGCCUGACCAACCAGCAGUGCGAGCCCAGGCCCAAGUGCGUCAUGGACUCCUCAUCGGGGGCCGGCAACGGGCGAUCCGGCGGCAGCGACACCGACUGGGACACGCUUGCUGGCUGCCUGAAAAAGUUGUGGCAGGAAGAAGGCAAGAAGACGCCCGCCGAGGCGCGGAAGUUAUCGAAAGGCAGGGGUAGACAAGUGGGGGACUGGAAAGUUGCAAAAGAGUUAUGCAGUGGACUCGACGUUCCAAGAGCUUCCGCGCAUGCGAAAUUUGUGUCGCUGGCGAAAAGUUGCGGGCCGUUGGCCGAUUACUUGGUCCAGGAAGACACCGACGUAAACUUUUUCGGCAAGCAGCAGCGCUACGCGCUACUAUACCCAGUCAUGGCUGACGUGAUGCUGCAGCUUUCCAGAGAUUUCAAGAUUCCUGCGCCGGCGGCGCCCCCCAGCGAAAGAUGGCUCAUGGGGGCUCGCCCUGGGGACGCAGACCAUUUCUUGUCUGACGACGAACAGGAGCUUCGCCAGAUCGGCAGCUCCGUGGUCUGCUCGGUUGCAGACGUCGUGGACAUCGCCGCCUUGAUUGGCCGCGUCGAGUCUGGAGCCGACAGGCCACAGGUCCAGGUUCAGGGCUAUGCUCGCUUAUUUGACAAUCGGGGAACAGCCUCCACGGAGGCCGCUGCAGACGGCGAGCAGCGGCCACUGAAGAGUCUCCUUCGAAAGUACGUGAAGCAAGGUUAUGGGCGACUUCAUACAGUGGGCCCUUCUCUGCAGAAGAUAACCAGGGAAGCUCGGUGCGCCGCUCUGGCUGGGAUUCCAGGAGGCGUUUUAGAACUCGACAUAAAGGUUGCGUUCUUCAGCUUGUUGGUUGUGGCCUUAAAGCGGCACGGGCAGAUCUGCGUCGAGGCAGAGUUCCCACUGCUGUGCGACAUCGCCAGCAACUGGGGCGGGUGGAAGAGUUUUGUCUCUGGGUACUUCGACGUCGGGGUGGACGUCGCCAAGAAGCUUCCCAUCUCGGCGACCAGUCCCUACGGGCGGCAAUCGCCAGAUCCAGCGCAGCAGCCUGACUGGCUUCCGCAUUUGGAUUGCGUGCAAACAGAAGCAUCGAAUGCCUGUCGAUUUCUUCUCGAGCACGACGCUCUUUAUCAGGAAGUUGCGAAAGCAAGGCCUGAAUGCAGCUCGCUCCACAUCUUUCUGGGCGAGCUGGAGUGCCGGGUGAUGAUGAGUAUGAAGCAUAUUUUAGAGGAAGCAGGGGCCGUGCCAAUUUCUCUGGUCUACGACGGCACCUACUUCAGGCCAAUGGGGCUUGACGUGCACGACGAGGGCUUCAUCGGACUUGUGACUGCAGUCGAAGCCGAGCACGGCGUAUCCUUGCAUCUGAAAGACCUAAGCGGCGCGGUGCAGCUGAGCGACGUGAUCUGCGCCGACCCCGCCCACUUCUUCCUGUUGCACAUUGGGGCGCCAGGAACUCGCGGCCACGCUGUUGGUCUUCGCGCCCACGGGGGCUCGCAGCAGAUGCUGGUGUUCGACUCGCACCAGGACUUCGUGAUGCAGAUUGGCGAUGAGGCCUUGUACGACCUGGUUACCCACUGGGACGAGGGCCGACGCCAUGCUCGCCUGCUGCAAGUUACCGAAGACGGGCCUGUCGAUGGCAACGCCGAGUCAGAUUUGUUGGACUUGAUUGCUGGCUCCUCUCGGCCGUGCGUGAAGAAGCCUGCGGGUCAAGGUUGCUUGAGGCGGCCCGCCGCAGCUCCGAGUUUCCCGACGCCCAAGAAAGGGCGGGCAAGGGCCGCCGCCCGCAGCCUGGUCGGGCGAACGGCAAAGGCGUCAGCGAAGUCUAAGGCAUACAGGAACACAAAGUACGUGCGCCACGGCAAGCCGACGACGAAGAGCAGGGGCGACCGCGACAAGUGGAGCAUCGACCUUGAAUCCAUCUUGGAGAUGCCUGACGAUAAGCUCUACCGCCGGUGCAUCCGCGAUAACACCCUGGACAACAAGGCGAUCGAAAGGAUCUCGAUUGCCGUGAAGAAGCAGCGCGAGAAGUUUGUCAAGAAGCGAGAGAAGACGAUCGUUUUCGGGGUUGGCAACGACCGCGACUGGAGGGACGCUGAAGCAGAUGAAGCAGUCUUUGGAUGGGCAGCCAAGGCGGACGACCCCGAGAGCGUGGAAUGGGAACAAUGGGCGGGCAUCGUGGAGCGAGGCCGGCCCGAGUCGCUGGUGCUGGCGAAGACUACCGCGGCUCCCACGGUGAAGAGGGCUCCUGGGCCAGGCGCAAUCAGGAAGGUCGAUUGGGCGCCUCUGGCAAACCGCUAUUUGAAAGGUAGGCGCAUUAUUUUGCAUACGGACCGCGCUAAGAGCUACGCCAUGCGAGUUGAGGGAGUGUUGCACGAUUCAGUGCGGCACUGCAAAAAGAGAGUGAAAAAUAAUGGCAAGUGGGUGUGGAUCAAGCCGUGCUACGCGCGCUUGGCAACUCAUAAGCUUCCAUGUGGUAGGAAGUUGCGCACCAAGGCCGGCUCCCAGGUUAUCGACAGCGCUUGGAAAUACAUCCGCUCAACCUUGGGUGGCCAGACAAUGGCGCCCAAUUCUGAGACGGCCGCCACUGCAAUUCGCAGCGCCCAGUGGCUUUACUGGCACAGGGGCAAAGACCUUUGGGCCGAGAUGGGAUCCACGUUCUGUGCCAACUUUUG